GUGUCGGAGAAUAUCACAGUCCAAACAGUCCUAGUAUACAAACAAGGUGUACUCAGGAGGUUUGUAACGUGUGUCCAAAAACAUCCUAUUUAAACAUCAUGAAAGUUUUGAUUUUUUUGACGUGCAGUGUAGUUUUGGUCUCCGCUGGGUGGAUCCCAUUCACAGGGGGACACAAAGAAGAACACCACCCGAUUAUCCAUGAUGGUGUCCCUUUGGAUACCCCUGAGGUCCAACAUGCAAGAGCAGAACACUUGGCAGCUGUAGCCGAAGCCAAGGCCCAUGCAGGUCCUGAGGAACAUUAUGAAUCUCACUAUGACCAUCAUGAGGAACACGUAGAGAUCCCACAGGAACACCAUCAUGAGGAACACCAUGGUACCGGAUAUUCCAUUCAACACAUCUCAGCCCAUCAUGGUCAUGGUCAUGAAGAACACGAGGAACAUACUUCAGUUGUCCAUCAUCCUCACACUGUUCCCCAUCAUACCCACCCAGCUUAUGAGACAUCCCAUCAUGAACCCAUUGUUGACCAUGAUGGUAAACCUCUUGAUACUCCCGAGGUAGAAAAAGCUAAGGCUUUGCAUUUUGCUGAGGUCCACAAGGCUUUGGCUCGUCUUCAUGAACAUGGUCAUGGUCAUUCCCUCCAUCGUCGGGAUCUGGGUGACUAUGCCCUUCAUGUAGAAGAUGACCAUUCUCAUGGGUAUGAACUCCAUCAGAACCAUGCCCCGGUUUAUGGUCACCAGGAAUCUCAUCAUCAUCAUGAAGUCCCACAAAUUGGUCAUGAUGGUAAACCCUUGGACACCGCUGAGGUUGAACAUGCGAAAGCGUUACACUUCCAUGCCCAUCAGGAGGCCCUCGCACGAGUGGCGCACGCCAAACAACAGGAACAACAUGAAAUCAACUACCACUAUUAAAUCUUGACACACUGUAUAUUGUGAUAGGUACG